UGUGGGCCGGUGAUGACGGGCCGGUGACUUGCCCCAGAGCUGCGGCCGCCAGGUGUUUUGUGAAUUUACUCUUCAGUGAUUACAUACAUAGAAAUCUCAUUAUGGCGACUUUCCAGCCUUUCAGGAAGAGUCAUAUGAAGACUAGAGCAUCUGUCAGAAAAAGCUUCAGUGAAGAUGUGUUCCAGUCUGUGAAGUCUUUAUUAGAAAGUGAGAAGGAACUGUGCAGUAUAUCAAUAGAGGACUGUGUAAGGCAGGAUGAACAUGCCAAUUUAACAGAGGUGACAUUUCUAGGCUUUAAUGAAGAAACAGAUGCUGCUCAUAUACAGGAUUUAGCUGCAGUUUCUUUGGAACUUCCAGAUCUUCUGAAUUCACUCCACUUCUGUAGUCUAAAUGAAAAUGAAAUUAUUUGUAUGAAGGAUAUAAGUAAAACAUCAGAUAUAAACAGCCGUCCUCUAAAUCAGAAUCAUCAUUCUGGAAUGCUUUGUGUUAUGAGAGUGUCACCUACAUUACCAAGACUCAGAAUUGAUUUUAUCUUUAGUCUUCUAAGUAAAUAUGCCACUGGUAUAAGAUACACCCUGGACACAUUCUUGCAUCAGAGGCGUCAGCUUGAGAUCACUGAUGAAGAUGAUGAUGAUGAUGAUGAUACCAACCAGUCUGUGUCUUCCAUAGAGGAUGAUUUUGUCACAGCUUUUGAGCAAUUAGAAGAAGAAACUUCAAAGCCACAUGAUGAUGGAAUAAAUAUUUCCACACUAAAGAGCCAAUGUGAUGCUGCCUCUCAGACUACUUCUGGUCAUCUCUUAGAAACCCAUGAUUUAAAGACACUGGUUAGCUCUGGACAGCCAAAGUCAUUGGAUAAACCUCCAUCUUUUGUAAAUACUCUGGAACACAAAGAACCACCUGUGAAAACUUCAGUUACAACAUCUGUUUCAGAGCCUUGGAUCCAAAGAAGUUUCUAUAAGUCAUCUAAUGCUUCAGAUAAAGGUAGUGAUAUACAGAAAACACUUUUUUCUUCGUCUCCUGCCUACUCAUCUGAAUCUGAAUGUUCUAGUCCAAGUCCUGUUAUUUUCUUGGAUGAAGAGGGAUAUCAAAAAAUUUUAAAAGCUAAACUUGAACUGCCUAAAAUUCCUGUGAUGAAAGAUGAUAUAGAGGAUUCAGACUCAGAAGUCAGUGAAUUUUUUGACAGUUUUGAUCAGUUUGAUGAAUUAGAACAAUCUUUAGAAACUUCCUGUCUCCUUAUAAAGGAGCCUGCUGUAGGGAAGUCAUUGCAGAAGAAAGGGCACAAACAUGAAAAAUCUUGUAUGAAUCCUCAAAAAUUCAAGUUUGAUUGUCCAGCUCUUCCAGCUAACGUUAGAAAGCCAACUCCUCGUAAACCAGAAUCUCCAUACAGCAACCUGGGUGAUACUCCAGAUUCUCCCCGCCCAGCAAAGGCAUCGGGAGAUGAUAGUGGUUUGUUUAGCCCUGUUCGAUCCUCUGCUUUUAGUCCUCUUGGAAACUAUACUCCUGCUGAAUGUUUUUGCCAGACAGAUAUUGGUGGAGAUAAGAGUCUUGAAAAUCACAGUUCUACUUAUCACACUUACGAAGAUUAUGCAAAUAGUUUUUCAUGUGAAGUUCUAGGCUCAAUUCUUCAUCCUCAAAAUGCUAAUGCAAUGUCAAACAUUAAUAGCAUUAAAAGGAGAGAUAAAAUUGUAGCUUUUAAGCAUGGAAACCUUGAUCAAAAAAAUAAAUCUAAAAGUAAAUCUUUAAUGAUUAAAGAUAGCAUUCAGAAAUUUGCAGCAGAUCUUGUGGAGAAAAGUUUUGGCAGUGCAUUUAAAGACUUACAGAAAGGAGUCUCUUCAUGUACCAAUGCACUGUGCCACUUAGCCAUCAAAUUGACAUCAUCUGUUUUUCAGAUGGCAUUUAAUGAACUAAGACGACAGCGUGCAUUUUACCUGAAAGAACGUGCCAUUGGUAGUCUGGCUAAUUUUUUGGUGAGUGAAGCCUUAUCAAACGCCUUGAAAGAUUUACAGUAUGUGAAGAGGCAGAUAUUUACAAACACAGUUGCUAGAUUUGCUACAGAUCUUGCAGAAGAACUUGUUUUUGAAGGUAUCAUGGAGGUGUGUCAGUUUUCAUAUCCUCCAACACCUGCAUCUCCACAGGGCCAUUCAUUUGACUUUGAAGACAAAGUAGUGAAAUCAUAUGCAAAAGAUUUGUCUGAAUCUGUUAUACAGGAAGCAUUCAUUGAGCUAUCACAAGUUGAUGUGACCUUCACGACAAAGGCAGCAGUUAGUGUUUCUAUGGAUAACAACAAGUAUGUGAGUGCAGAAAGCAUGCCAUCCACACAGACCUUUCCAUUUUCUCCAUCUUUCAACAGUCCAUCAAGUGUGGCAACAAAACCAAUACUGGACUACAAAAAAGAAUACACAGUGCAGCAGGCCUUGAUUUGUACUUCAGGAGUUGUCACUUCCAUACCAGUACCUUUGGCAGGAAGUGCCCUUCUCCCAUAUCAUAUUUCAUCUACUUUGUUUCAAGCUAAGUCUCAUGGGUCAUCUAUUGAUAGUAAUACAAAUGGUGAUUCCACCCAAAUAGAUGUUACUGCGAAAAACAAAGAGGAAGUAGCUUGUAUGAGAAAUACUGGUUUACCUUCAGAACCCAGUCCAGAUACUCAGAAUGAUUUAAAACCAACUAAUGUUACUGACAUGCAGAAUUCUUCAAAACCAACAAAUGGUCCAGGGAUUAUUAGCAACUUUUCUGCUGCAAUGGUGCAUACAAUAGUAAAUGAAACUUUAGAAUCAAUGACAUCAUUCAAAGUUACAAAAACAGUUGAUGAAAAGACAGACUAUUUAACUAAAACAAUAAAGGGGAAAACUUCUUUUCCUCAAUGUGAUCAAGCAACAUCACAGCAGAGUGAAGCUUGCAAUAAGGAUGUGUUUGCUGAACAGUUAUCUAAAUCUAUUAUUAAACAUUCCAUAGAUAAAAGCAAAACAGUGACCCCAAAUUUAGAUAAAACUGCAGUAUGUAAAAGAGGCUUGCCUAUUCUUGAAGAAGGAUCACAGCUGACCUUGGAAAAGUUCCCUAAAUUUCUUGAGGCUCACUAUCACUUACCUCACUGUUCAUUUUCAUUUGGAAAAGAUAGUGUUCCAGAAUGUAAAGAGACUAUUGAUGCUUAUGGACUUCCUGUAGAGAUGGUGCCACCUGGUGCGAGUCAGAAAGCUGAUUUGAAGGAACUUCCUAAAGAUAAACUGGUGAAAAAACAUCCAAAUAACACAGCAAUUGAGCCCUUGUCUUUUGGACAUGAUAGUUCUUUUCAUCACUCACAUACUUUGUCAUCUCCAGUACUUACCUGUGUAGAUGGCCUACACAUGGAAGAUAAACAGAAAAUCAAAGAGAGAAAUGUAAUACCCAAUACUCCUCCAUCAACUCCUCUAGUACCCUCCCAGGCUGGUUCUGAAUGGGACAUCAAGAAAUUAACCAAAAAGCUCAAGGGGGAAUUAGCCAAAGAAUUUGCACCUGCUACACCACCUUCUACACCUCAUAACUCCUCUGUUGGUAGUUUGACUGAAAAUGAACAACAUACUAUAGAAAAAGAAGAAUUCAUGCUGAAACUCAUGCGAUCUCUUUCUGAAGAAGUUGAAAGUGGUGAAGGUGAAGAGCAUCCAGAAGUGGAUGUCAAGUCAGAGAACUCAGGGAAGAAAGUUCAGUUUGCAGAAGCCCUGGCUACACACAUCAUCUCUUUUGCAACUGAGAUGGUAGCCUCCCAUAUAGAUCAUGAAAUAACUCAAGAACCCAAGGUUCAAAAUCCUUGCUUAAGUGUUCAGAGUCCAAGAAGUACAUUGCCUACUUUUGUCAGUCAUUCAGAUGACAAUUUACAAACUUGCAAUUUUGCAGGUAAUAUGGCCGCAGAAGUUAUUGUAGAAACUGAGAAAACAGCAAAAGUUCGGAGUUGUGCACUUUUCAGGCAGAAGAAGAACAGUUGUUAUCAUGAUGGUGACCAAGACAGGUCAGAAGAGAAGUUGGAUACAGAGGUUGUAGCACACCCCAGAGAAGUGGAUCCAUUUAUUCUGUCCUUACCACCAAGUUCUGGGAUGUCGGGUCUGACAUACAAGUAUCCUAGCUGUGAAAGUGUGACAGAUGAAUAUGCAGGUCAUAUUAUCCAAAUAUUAAAACAGGAAGGUGGUAAUGGUGAGUUAAUAAUGGAUCAGUAUGCCAAUAGACUUGCUUAUCGAUCCAUUAAGUCAGGAUUACAAGCAGCAGCUAAGAUAGCCAAGAAGAAGUAUAACUCAAAAAUGUUCCCUGAGCAAAGUUCACAAGUGAAAAGCAGCAAUGAGCUGUUCAUAUUCUCAAAGAAGGAGCACCACCUUGAAGUAGAGAAAACAAGACAAAGGAAAAGAAAUGGAGGUCACAUUUGCAAAAACCAAACUUGUGAAAAGACACAGGAUUCGUGUAGAAAUGAUUGCUCUGAACUGUAUAGUUUCUCGGCCUCUCUUGCUCACAGUAUAACAAGAGAUGUUAAAAAAGAGUUAACAGCACCUGCCAUUGACUCAACAAAAUCCCUAACAGAUACUUGCCUUUUUGAAAAAACUGGAUGUGUUGAAGAUACUGAAUGUGUCACUAAACCAGAAUUUCCUAAAUCUCUUCAGCGUUCCUUACAAAACUGUGGCUUUUACCAUCAUGCUGGCAGCUUUGGUGAAUAUGGUUCAGGGGAUAAUGUUAUCCAAACCAUAGAACAGUAUGCUAAAAAAGUAGCAGAUGAUACUUUAGAACUUGGCUUAGGAUCCACAGUUUUCCAAGUGACUGAGGCUACGAAAUUGGUGGAUAGGAUCACUUAUGCUGAAAAAUUGUCACCUCUUAUAAAUCAAGCUUGCAGAUAUUGUGACCUUAAAGAAUUCCAUGAUUGUACUGGAAACUCAUCCCAGCAGUUUUCCAGACAGGGGUCAUGUGCUAGUAGGAAGCCAGCUUCAAAUCCAAACCUUAGCAACAUCUAUCAGAAAUCUAGAAUUUUUCAUCUUGAUGUCCCUCAAAUUCAUGUUAAUCUUGAUAAAAAGACAGUGCUUGCGGAGAAAAUAGUUGCUGAAGCCAUUGAGAAAGCAGAGAGAGAGCUGAGCAACACCAGUUUGGCAGCUGAUAGUGGAAUUGGACAAGAUGGCAUUAGCUUUGCUGAAAGCCUUACCACAGAAAUAAUGACCUCUGCCAUGAUGAAUGUUGGGCAUGAUUUCAGCAGUUCAAAAGAAAUAGAAGACUUUCCAUCCAAUGAGUCAUUUAGUAGCCAGCAGAUGAAUCUCAGUGUUGGUGAGGACAGCACGGGUAGCUGGUCCAAUUUAAGUUUUGAGGAUGAUCACCAAGAUGACAGCAGCAGUUUUCAUCAUCUCAGUGAAAGCAGUAAUGGUAACAGCAGUAGCUGGAGCAGUCUUGGUUUAGAAGGAGAUUUGUAUGAGGACAAUUUAUCCUUUCCAACAUCAGACAGUGAUGAGCCAGAAGAUGAAGAUGAAGAGCAUGAGGACAAUGUAGAAUGUUUGGAGCAAAAUGGAAAGACUCUACUGAUUACGAAUAUUGAUAUGGAGCCGUGUACAGUAGACCCGCAGCUAAGGAUUAUUCUUCAGUGGCUUGUUGCCUCUGAGGCUGAAGUUGCAGAACUGUGUGUUCAUGACUCUGCAAAGAAGGAAUUUAUACUACUUUCAAAACAGUUACAAGAAAAAGGAUGGAAAGUAGGAGACCUCCUGCAGGCUGUACUUAAAUACUAUGAAGCAGUGGAAAAGCCCUCCAGUGAAGAGAGGCGCAAGUCGCUGUUCGAUUGGCUCCUGGAAAAUGCAUAGAACAAACCCUGAGCCAUUAUAUUUUAUUAUUUGUUUGGGAAAGGAAGAAACAGAUUAAUAUGUUUAUGAUAAAUUUGAAAUAGUGAAUAUUAAAAUCUUAAAUGAGUUGGGAGGAAAGUAAAUACAGCUUUUUAAGUGCUUUCUGUCAUCACAAUGUAUAUAAUUCAUACUUUUAUAAAAUCUCCGUUAAAAUAUUAUCCUCACUUAAUUCUUCUAUACAUACAUGUGUGGUGUGUUGAUUUCCUAAGAACAUGGAUAUGAAAGAAAGUCUAACCAUGAGGUUUUCUGGGACAUCCAACAGCACUCUUUUUGGAUCCAAAUAGUGCUGCUUGAAACUGCACUGAGCUGCUGAGGAGAGGAUCCAGUAAAUGAGAAUUAUAAUUUUGCUCCUUUGCAAACAAAUGCCGCUGACUAAUAUCUAGCAUCAAAAAAAUAAAGCUGAGUAUUUUUUUGUUUCUGGUAGAUGUUUAUUCUUUUUGUCCUGUUUUAAAAAUUGGCUUUAUUUUCAUAGUUCAGCUACUGGUAGCUUUUUGAUUCCCUAAAGUAAUGUUUUAGGUUUCUCUGAACACUGUGAGUGUUAACUUUCCCCAGCUUGCCAUCAAAUGACAUUUUUUGCUAAUGUCGCCAGUUGUUUUGGCAGGCAACCACUUUCUAGAAAUGAAAUGAGUAUGUGAGUAUACAUGUAUGAGUGUGUGUGUGUGAGAGAGAGAGUGAAUGAGUGAGUGAAUGAGUAAAGGAGAACUUUAACUUUGCCACUGCUUUGUUCUAACCAUCUUAUUUUAAUGUUUUCUUAGUUAGAAACCCUCUAGAUACAUUAAAAAGGUGCUUAAAAUAAAAUGUCUUUAAAGAUUGUGCAGUAAGAAUUUUUGUCUUUUGACAUCCUAUAAAUAAAAGUUCAGCUUACAAAAUACUGAAAUUUUUUAAAUUAGUAUUAAAAUAGAAAUGCAUUCAGUGGAGCCUAUAAUGGUUUUCAUUGUGGAUUUUUGGGGGAAAAAACUCCCCAUUUUACCAAGAUUUUUUUUCUCUUUAAAAAAAAGGGGUUUUUCUCUUCCAAUAAAAUGUAUCCCCACUAUUUUGUAAAGUUCUCUGACAUGGCCUUUCUGGCCUCUCUUCAUGUCCUGCCCCUUUGUCUGUAGAAACUUGAGUUUGAGGACCAAGACUGUGUCUUGUUUUUGUGUAUAGAGAAGUGUGGGGUAUGCGAAUGGUUUGCAUUCUUCCUCUAGUAGGUUUUGUAAUCCCAGGUAAAUCAUUUUUUGGGGGGUUGCUCCAUUACCUUUCCUUUUCCCCCCAAACACUCACUGUUCCAGAAACCACACAUAAUGUAGAAGACAUAGCACCUGCCAGGAAGCCGAGAGACAGGGCACUUCCAUUAAUCCAAAACUUUAAUCUUGUUGAAGAAAAGAAAUGUGUUUUAUUGUGAAAGAUUCAAAUUUUCUUUAUAAUGCUCUCCAAAGCUACUGAAAUAUGAGGUUAUAGUGUAUAUUUUUAUUUUUUCUCAACUUAAGGUAGCAACAUGGGGCAAACCAUUAAGACAUAAAAUUUCCUAAAGUUUUGAGUAUUUUUUUUUAGGUAGAGAAAUGCAAGAAAUGUAUAAAUGAUUUCUGUCUUUAACUUUUCAGAGCUUGAGAUGCAGCAUUAUGAAACUGGGUUUUAAAUAUUAGGACUAGGAAUAUGAUUAGUCACCAAUUAUAAUUACAAUUUAGCUGUCAAAUUGUAUUUUGCACUUUGGGUGUAUAUAUUUAGGUUAGAUUGACAGCACAACUGAGUUUUCUCUUAUCUAAACAUGACAAUAUAUUAGAUAUGUGAAAAUUCUUCUGUUUAAAAAUGUUUGUUAGUAGUGUAAUCAUUUUGAGGUAAGUUUCCCUCCUCCUCCUAAAUCCUUUGCAUUUUGCUGGCAUUGUACUGCUUAGAGGUCUCUCACUUAACCACUGGAACUCCACACUUGUAUCAGUUCAAUGCCAGGGGCAUAGAGAGACAAACAUUUAAGUAUUGGCAAACAUGGAAAAAGUUCUGAGUUAAGUUCCCUUACAUAGAGAGAAAAUGUGUGUCUAGAUCAGUAUCUUUUAAUCAAGAACAUUGUAAACUUUAACUUUCUUUAAAGGCACUUUGAUUUAUCCAAAGACUUUCUAGAUGUUUGGUUGCUUGUUCUUAGAACAACUGUGUUGAGGUCAGCUCUGUCAUUUUUACUAAAGAUCUGCUUGAUAUAUUUAUAUUGUAACAUUGUAAUAUUGCCAUUUUGCACAUUUUGGUCCUCAUAAACUAUGUCAUACUCAGAAUUGUUCAAUUGUGAUGUGCAGUGAGCUGAAAUGUCUUUUUUCUAAUUUCUAACCCACCAUAGGAUCUGUGGAAAGAAAGAGGCCUGCUGGAUUAGAACAUCACUUCUGACCAAAAUAUGGUAGCCCUUUCUUGUUCUGCAUUUCCAAAGCCAAGUUUAAAAUUACAUUUAUAUUUUUGCUAUUAUUAAUGUUGAUUUUGAAAAUAUUUCCUGAUUUAUUUGAAAGAAUGAUUGACUUAAAAUCACAGAAGAAAAUGGCAAUAUCUAUUGGAUGGUUUGAUAUGAUUUAAUGAUAUUAUGAAAGCAUUUAAGAGUAUUCAUUCUCUAAUUUAAUGUGAUACCUUCAUGCUUUGAAAAAUGUUCCACUUAAACUUUCAAAUAUUUGAUGGGAAUUAUCUCAGUUCAUAAUACUUUAAUUCUGCCUAAAUAAGGAUUUUAUAUUGCUUAUAGUAAAUUAAUACCUUAAUUCUGCUUAAAUAGAGUUUUAUAUUACAACUAAUAUAUAUUAAGUGCACUGCAUAUAAAGUGAAGGAGUUAUAAUCCAUUAGACCUUUGGUAUCUUUUGGCAUUAGUGUACCUUCUCCCAACACAUGGUUUAAUCUUCAUUCAUUACCAGAGUCCAGAGUGAAAUGUCUACUUAGUUAUUUAGUUAGAUUAUUAUUUCACAGUUAAAUACCAUUAAUUUCCCAUUGGUAUAUCAUUUUACACUUCAUGUCUUUUGAAGAAAACUAUAUGGAAAUAAAAAGUUGAUGCACCUAUACGUGGAGUAGGGAAAAUGCUUUCUCUUUCAAGUCCUGCCCAAAAGAAUUAGAGCCUCAGUGGGAAGGAGGAAGAGUGGGCUGUGAAGUGAAGUGCAUUUUGUCUGUUUUCAGCAGCAGCCCUACAAGCAUUCACUUGUUUACUUCUGCUCUGAAGACACAGGUGCAGUCUUAGUCACUCCGGCCACUUUAUUUAUUUAUUAUUUUUUUUUUUACCAUCCAUGUACAUUCCUUUCAUAUAGUUAGAAUUGUAGGUCUAGAAGUUCUCAUUUUGUUUUUGUGGUAAAGUUUGGAUACUAUUUAAUAUCAGGUUUUAAUAUUGCUGGAUUUGCAAUGUUUGGUUACUUGUGCAGUGUUGGAAGUAAUCCACAUUCUUGUUUACCAGAUAUAAGCUAAAGUAGUUUUGAAUAAUUAUAGCUGUUUAUUUGGCUGUGCUCAGUUAGUACAUCAGUCUUGUACUGUGUAACGGUAAAUUUUCUUUGUUUAGUAAAUGUUCACUUACCAAACUAUGAACUUCAGGAUGCGCUGAAAAUUUUCUUUUAGCAAUGGCUCAAAAAAAAGUUUCAGAAAUAACCUUUGUAAUAAUUUGCAAUUAAUUGUUCUUUUCUCUUUCAAUUGUUUAAGCCUGUGGUCUUUCUUCUCCCAACUAAGAAUUCUUCAAUAAAUUUAAGAAAUGCUUA